AGACAGCAGCUUAAGAAAGAUAUAUACAGAGCAAAAAGAAAAAAAAGCUAAACAAAACUGAAAAUGGCGCUAAUACUCCACCAAUUAUCAUCGUCUUCAUCUUUUACUACCAAUAAACCCCUUUUCCUCCACCACCACAUCCUACCCCACCCAAAGCCCACCAAAAUUUCCAUCAAAUCCGAGCAAAAUUCUUCAACAGAAGAAACCAAUUCGGGUUCGGGUCCGGGUCCUUCCGCCAAGAAGCCCGGUGGCUCAUCAACAGGCUUGGGAUUCGGCUCAUCAACUGCGGCUCCAGCCAAUAAAAAUCAGCCGAAGGGAAAGAGAGAGAGGGCUUCUAUUAUCCGCCGAGAGCCGGUGGAGAAACCAGUUUUCGCCACGGCGCAACAGACGGCAAAAGCGGAGGAGAUGAUGAAGAAUGAGAGUGCUUUUCUGCUUGCUUGGUUAGGGCUCGGCUCCAUUAUUCUUGCUGAGGGGCUUGCUCUUUCUGUAUCAGGUUUUCUGCCGGAAGCAUGGGAUAAAUUAUUGGUCAAAUAUUUAUACCCGUCUUUCACUCCGACUGUGUUCUUGUUUAUUGCUGGAACAGUCACCUACGGACUUUUAAAAUACUUCCAGAAUGUUAAUUCGAAUACCGAAAACUGAACACUCACCGCAAUUUUGCUUUAUUAUUAUUAGCAGUAGUAGUAUUUUUUAUGUUGUUGUUGUUGUUGUAAUGCUUGAUUGUUUGUCAUUGGAUGAUUGAAAUUCAUAACGACAUUGUAAAGAAGAAGAAAAUAAGUUUUAAUAUGAUAAAUUGUUCGGAUUUAUUGAA